AACUAGUUGAAAUUUUUUUUUUCAAUAAAAUCUUGUACCAAAACCAUUACUGGUUUUUAUCGUAAUGAUUGUGGAAAUACAGUACUGAUUCAAUACUGGAUUAGUAAGUACCUAACAGUCAAUCAGUUGAACUAUAUUCAUUACUGUAGAAUCCGUAAUAGUUACGAGGUCUGUUCAAAAAGUAUCGCGAAUUUUGAAUUUCCGCGGGCUACGUAUAUUCGAUUUUCGAUUUUUUUGUGGCGUUAUGUUGGUACUCAUGUCCCUCACUCAUGCUGACAAGUUCGGCCAUUUUGAAUGUUCAGUUAAUUUUUGACAGCUAUUUUGCUUGGACGUGUUUUGGCUCGUCUUCGAUUUUUGCCUAUUCCAAGAAAUGGAUCAAAGAAUAUGUACCAAAUUUUGUGUGAAAAACAAAAUUAAGUGCGCGGACGCAUUCUGAAUGUUGACUGUGGCAUAUGGUGAAGCUACCUUGAGCCAAAGCAACGUUUAUCGGUGGUACAAAAUGUUCUCAGAGGGCCGAGAAGAUGUGAACGACGAAGAGCGUGCCGGACGCCCGAGCACGUCAAUAACAGACGAAAACAUUGAUGAAGUGAAGAAAAUAGUAUUAGCCAAUCGUCGAAUCACCGUUAGAGAAGUUGCUAAGGACCUAAACAUAUCGAUUAGUUCGUGCCAUUCGAUUUUUACCAAUGAUUUGGGCAUGAGACGGGUCGCCGCGAAAUUCGUACCAAAAUUGCUCACUAUCGACCAAAAACAGCAUCGCAUUAACAUUGCUACGGAGCUGUUGGACUCUGUCCGCGACGACCAAAAUUUGCUCCAGAGGGUCAUAACUGGUGACGAAUCAUGGGUUUAUGGUUAUGACGUGGAAACCAAAGCUCAAUCAUCCCAAUGGAAGCUGCCGCACGAGCCAAGACCGAAAAAAGCGCGCCAAGUUCGGUCGAAUGUGAAGGUUUUGCUUACAGUUUUCUUCGAUUGCAGGGGCGUGGUGCAUCAUGAGUUCUUGUCACAGGGUAGAACGGUGAAUAAUAUUACCUGCAAGUUAUGCGCAAUUUGCGCGAAGCAAUCCGCCAGAAACGCCCGGAUUUGUGGAAGAACAAAAAUUGGCUUUUACACCAUGAUAACGCCCCUGCUCACAUAUCGUUGCUUGUGCGCGAAUUUUUGGCCAAAAACAACACACUAAUGAUGCCGCAGCCACCGUAUUCCCCAGACCUGGCCCCCUGUGACUUUUUCUUGUUCCCAAAAUUGAAGAGGCCCAUGAAAGGACGACGCUACGCCACGAUUGAGGAGAUAAAGACGGCAUCGAAGGAGGAGCUGAACAAGAUCACAAAAAAGGAUUUUUUGAAGUGCUUCGAAGAUUGGAAAAAACGUUGGCACAAGUGUAUAAUAUCUGAUGGGGAUUACUUUGAAAGGGACAACAUAGAUAUUCAUGAAUAAAUAAAUAAUUUUUGAAAAAACACAAAAUUCGCGAUACUUUUUGAACAGACCUCGUAUUGUAAAAUUCGUACUGAUUACUGGGAGAAUGCUUACUGUAGUGCUACGUAAUGGUUACUGUAAGAAAGACUAAAAGUUAAAAAACGAGGAAAAAUGUUAUAACCAUCACUGUUUUUCAGCUCUCAGUGUAGGUAUGUGCAAAUGCAACGCUGUACAUGCGAUGUAUAUCCAUGCAAUAUACCUGUGUA